CGGAAAUAGUCUCUAUCAACGAUAUGCACCUAGGUACCUACCUACAGAUAGUCAUGGCUUCCAUCGUGAUGAAUUUUAGGGGCAAUAGUCCAUCAUCGAUGAUUAAAAAUGCAGUGCCUAGGUAGGUAAGUACCUAUAUAAGAAGAUAUUGCACUCGUACUACAUCACUAUGAGAUUCGAAAUCUACCUAGAGACGAAAAUCAUAGACUAUUCUUCAGGCCUUCCAAAUAGAAUCCUCGUAAAUAUGUCUUACCAACGAACUAUCAUCGUCACCGGAGGCACAGUCGGCCUAGGUUAUUACACCGCACUCGAGAUUGCGAAAGCCCACCCUGAAUAUCUAGUCGUAGUCUCAUCACGAACCGACCGCGAACACGCCGCGGACGCCAUCAACAAGACACUCGGCCAAAGGAACACAGUAUACAUCCCUCUCGACCUCUCGAACCUGCAGAAAGUCCGCGCCUACGCCGAAGACUGGGCGGCAAAAAGCUACCCGCCGAUACAAGCCCUUGUCUUCAAUGCCGGCCUCCAGUUCCCCGGCGGUCUGACAAAAACCGUCGACGGGCUCGAAUCCACCUUCGCCAUCAACCACGUCGGCCACGCCCUGCUCUUUCACCUGCUGUGCCUUUACCUUGCGCCCAAGGCGCGGGUAGUCAUUACUUCAAGCGGAACUCAUGACCCCGACCAGAUAUCCGGCGGCAUGCCCAAGCCGAAAUACAUCAGCGCCGAGGUGCUUGCUCACCCGACUGCCGCUACGGCCACCGACCCCGGUCGCAAGCGGUACGUCGAGAGUAAGCUAGCGAACGUACUAUGGGGCUAUGCGCUCGGCCGCCGCCUGCAGGAGCGCGUUCCGGAGCGGGGAAUCACGGUGACUUCGUUCGACCCCGGUCUCAUGCCCGGCACCGGUCUAGCGCGGGAGGCGAAUGCUUUUGAGAAGUUUCUCUGGAUGCGUGUCUUGCCGAAGCUGAUUCCGUUGAUAAGAGCCUUGAUUUUCUCGAAUGUGCACCGUCCGCAGGAAUCUGCUGUUGCUCUGGCGCGACUUGUAAUUGGGGCUGAUGUGGAGGGCGAGAGUGGGAAGUAUUUCGAGGGGAUGAAGGUGAUUAAGAGUAGUAAGGACAGUUACGAUGUGGCGAAGCAGGAUGACUUGUGGAUGUGGACGGUGGGUUAUCUUGCGAAGGGAGAUGGUGAGCGGGAGCGCUUCGAGCAGUUUAAGUAGAAUGUGUCUAUGUCGUUGUUUCAGGGGCCUGGCUUCAUUUUGUUUAAACAUAAUAGUUUAGUCGUAUAUUAUAAGUGUAUUUAUAUCGAAGUAGGCGGUUUCAGGUUUAUGGAGGGUUAUGGUAUAUUGGAGUAAAUGAUCUGAUACUAACUUGUAGCGGCAUUUUAACUAAAAUUCCUUGAACAAUUAUACGAUACUUAUAUGAUAGCAUAGUGACUAUGAAUCGGCUCAGCAUUUCUCAUAGAUCAUGAUCAUGAGACAGAUAUAUGACAGGCCUAUUAUGCUUAACUUUGGUAUCUCAUUAGGAUGGAAGGUUAUCUUCUAGGACGGGACUAGCAGCAGAUGCGGGCGACGCUCGAGCCCUUCAACAUGUAGAUGGGGUUGAUUUUCCGGGCGAAGUAGAUCCAGCCUGCUGCAACUUUUCACUCCUCCUUGGUUGAUUUGGAGAUGCAAAUAGAGUCGAGCAUUCUGAACUGAUAAUAAACGCUAUGUUCUAGACUUCUGAUGUGAUGUUAGUUCCAAGCUACCGGGAAGGUAGCCCGACGUCGAAGUCACCUCGCCGCAAAGAACGACCAAUUAAUUUGAACAGAAAAUCAGUUAAUUAACUCGAGCUGUGAUAUCAAUAAGUAAAUUCCCUUAGCAAUUCAUGAUCCUGCUAAAUUG